GUGGCAGAGGGAGAAGUUGGGCGAGGCGGGAGUAAACAAGUUAGGGAGCAGCCUGCGAGCAGCUGCGGCCGCCUGGCCCCGUGGGCCGGGGGAGGGAGGGCCGGGCGCUGGCGGCGGUGGCCGGCUUUUUGGGGCGCGGCGCCCUGGGCCGGCCACUCUCAUUGCGCUCCCCGCAGCUGCGCCGCCCGCCUCUCAGCUGAUAAAGCGAACUCCAGCCUGAAACGGAGGGUCCACCGCACGGAAGAAGAUGCGCUCGCCCAUCCCGGAGCCCAAGCCUGGAGACCUGAUUGAAAUUUUCCGCCCUUUCUACAGACACUGGGCCAUCUACGUUGGCGAUGGAUAUGUGAUCCACCUGGCCCCCCCAAGUGAAAUCGCGGGAGCUGGUGCGGCCAGCAUCAUGUCUACCCUGACUGACAAGGCCAUAGUGAAGAAGGAACUGCUGUAUGAUGUGGCCGGGAGGGACAAGUACCAGGUCAAUAACAAACACGAUGACAAGUACUCGCCGCUGCCUCCCAGCAAAAUCAUCCAGCGGGCGGAGGAGCUGGUGGGGCAGGAGGUGCUGUACAAGCUGACCAGUGAGAACUGCGAGCACUUUGUGAACGAGCUGCGCUACGGAGUGCCCCGCAGCGACCAGGUCAGAGACGCCAUCAUGGCAGCUGGCAUCGCAGGAGUGGGCCUGGCAGCUGUGGGCCUCAUUGGAGUCUUGUUCUCAAGAAACAAGCGACAAAAGCAAUAAGUUGAAGGGACUGUCCUGUCUGCAAUGACUUUAUAUAUUAAGGGGGGUGUCUUGUUUGGCUAGAAGCUUUGAGGUUUGGUUUGUGGAUUUCAUUCUGUUUUAUAAUAAGGCUUAUUUUCACAGAAUAAAAUAAAGCCCAAGAAGGCAAGAUUUUACUGGAGGAAAUGCA